AUUCUUGCAUUUGAAGCAUGGGGGCGCAUUGCAACAGCUGCCUUUUAAAAGAUACGAUAAGAAAAAAAAAUAAAAAAUAAAUCCUAUAUAUAAACAAUGAAGUUUUUUUAUAUUGACAUAAAUAUAUAACCAACGUUGCUAAAAUAUAUUUCAAAGAUUUUUCUAGUAUGGAAUUUCUAUCUGCGAGAAGAAAUAGAAAUCGAAGGAAGAAACGUAAUUUAAAGAGACGCCAACGCGGAUGUAUGAAGUUUGAGGUUAGGUCAUUUAAAAGUCAAAGAUUAAUAAAAGAACGUGCUAAUGUUAAUUUUAAUAAAGAAGAAGUAAUAAUAGAAGACACGAUGCAAGCUGAUGCGUUUUGGAAAAAUUAUGUGGCUGCUCAAGAGUGGCAAAAAAGGCACAGCGUAACGUGGUGGAGAUCUCGGUGUCUAGCAUUGGAAAAUGAGAAUGAAAUAUUACGAAAUAAAAUUAGGUCUUUAAUUGGACUGAAUAAUAAACAAACUAAUGACAUCCAGACUGUUUAUAAGCGACAACAGAAUACUUAUAAACAAAAUAAAAAUUUUCGUGAAAAUUACAAAAAACAAGAAUAUCAAGGCGAAGAAGAUUUAGAAUUUCAUGUUGAUGAGGAUAUGAAGACCUUUUUGGAACAAAGUUUACGACAUCAAAUGGAAUUGAAACAAAAGCGAGAACAAGAGUUAGCUGCUAUCGAAAAGGAAACUGUAGCUUUUAUAAAAAAUGGAGUAAUUUGUAAUCAAACUCGAAAUGAAAAUGCAAAAUUAUUGUAUGGAGAUGCUGGUCCUACAAUAAUGGCUAUGGAAACUGCAUUAAUAGCGACAAUAGAAAGACACAAAGAUAAAUCAAAACCUCAGUAUUGGCCAAAUAUUCCUUUAAGACUAUAAAAUAUUUUCCUUUUCCUUUUAAAACGUAUAAUUUAAGCCUUUGUAAUAAAAAAAUUCAAAUAUAUAUUUUAUCAUCAGUAGAUUUUAAAUUUUAGUUAGACAUUAUAUUACUAAUGAACUAAUUGCUGCUCCAAAAACUGAGUCCUUUUAUUAAAGAAUACAGAAGUACAUAGAA